AUGCAAUUCCUCAAAAUAGUAGCUAUUGCCGUCAUCUACUUCCAAGGGGUAAUUUCUGCACCGGCAAGCAUUGAGGAUCUGGACGCUGAAUGUGGCGCUCUCGGGGUCAUGAAAAUUGACAAAGACACACUUCCCCCAGGUGUGAACCCCGACAACGUCCGCAAGUGUCUGAACCAUCCAGAGAGCCUCGUCCGCGAAAAGGGCGACAAGAAGAUAUUUGAACGUCAAUGCUGGAAAGGUGGAGAGUAUGGAUGCAGCCACAACGGCUACUGUUGGAGACAGUGCGGCCCCAGCGGAAGGUGGUGCUGGGCAGCCGAGGAACAAGGCUUUUCGUUGCUCGAAUUGGCAAGAUUGCAAUGUCAUCAUGCCUUGUGGUCAAGGCAACUGCGAUGA